UCUGACGUGAGGACUGGAACUCAGCCUUGGCUCGCACCUGAGAGGGUGAAACUCCAUCUUUGGGACUUUAAAAAAAUGUAAGAAGUUUGACAAAAAUAUCACCAAAGAUUAUAAACAAAACCAGCCAGAGGAAAAGCUGGUAAUAUGGCAUGUUCAAAAAUCUCUACAGCAAAUAUCCUUGUUUUAGGGGUUAUACAAGUGAUGGUCGGCAUCUUUCAUGUUUUAAUGUGGUAUUUCUUAUUGGUUUUGUAUAUGGGACAAAUUAAAGGAACAUUUGGGACUUAUGAACCUUUAACUUACAAAACAGGAUGUGCUUUAUGGGGAAUUUUUUAUAUCCUUGCAGGGGCCUUCACAAUAAGUUCAGCAAAAAAACCCAGUCGCAAUCUGGUUUUAUGUGCUUUGACCAUGAACAUAGUUUCCAUAAUCCUAGUACUUGCUGCAGCAGCUCUGACAUUAAGUGAAUUGUCUCGUUUCCAAACUGUGUCAUAUAGAAACUUUGCACAAGCAAAACUGGGGAGGGAAGUUUCCCGUGUUUUACUGUUGUCCUACCCCUUGGAAUUUGUUGUGGCACUUGUAUAUUCAGUCAGCAGCUGUACACAGUUGUUAGGUGUCAGACACAGCAGCACCCUUACACGAAACGUUCAGUGGAGUGGAAGAGACGGGCUCUCCAUCACAGGUUGGUAUGAACCCAGGAAGCACACAGAACAAAUAUUACUUCAAUUGUACAGAAUAAAAAACCUAAGGAACAGAGAUAUUUUGCUCAAGCACCACCAGAACCCAGGUUUCAACAGUACUCUUUGA